AUGGCCAAUGCGAAUCCUAUUCGUGAACUCAAACUUCAUAGUCCAGCAGGUGUUGAGCCAGCUGUAUUUACUUGGCCGAGUGUUGAACGACAGAAUACGAAAAAAGAUGGCGUAUUUGUUGGUGGUGAUGAGAUUGUCAAAACAAUUCGUUUAGUUUUCGAAGAUUAUCCUGAAUUGUAUCAACAAAAUCUUGGUCUUUCGACAUGCGACAUACAUUCAUAUACACAAAUGAAAGAACUGUGCGAUAAAUUCAAUAAAAUUAUUGAUACGCACAUUAAAUUAAAUCGAGGCACAGAAGCGUUUUCUGCCCGUCUGGAACAACGUGCCACUUCGAAACUAUUUCGUCAUAUUCUUGCUCAAGUGUACAGCCGAGCGGUGAUUGAUCCAGAAAAACUACGUGAUUAUGAACCAUUUUCACCCUCAGUCUAUGGUGAAACGUCACCUGACUUGAUCGAUUCGAUACUUAAAGUGAUGAACCUAACCGAAGAUCAAACCUUCAUUGAUCUCGGCUCAGGUGUUGGAAAUGUCGUCCUGCAUGUCGCUGCAUUAGCCAAUUGUAAACAUGUCUAUGGAAUUGAAUACGAACAAACGCCGGCAGGUUAUGCGCGUGCCAUGGCGGAUGAAUUUCGUUCCUGGAUGCGUUGGUACGGCAAACAGUACUCUGAUUUUCAGUUGGAACAAGGCGAUUUCUUGGUGCAUGAGAUGAUUGACGAAAGAAUUAAAGAAGCUGAUGUGAUUUUUGUGAAUAACUAUGUGUUUGGCUCGAGAGUGAAUCAUGAGUUGAAGGUGAAAUUCAUGAGUAUGAAAGAUGGGGCAAGGAUAGUAUCAUCACGAGAAUUUUGUCCGGAAACGUUUCGAUUGAAUGAUCGAACGAAAAACGACUUAGGUGCUGUUAUGCAUGUGACGAAGCCCGAAGAGUUCUUUGGCAAAGUUAGUUGGUCGGAUAAAUCUGUGCAAUAUUAUCUUCAUGUCAUCGACCACAGCAAAUUAGCACUGUAUUAUGAAAGGAUGCAUCAAUCACACGGAAAAGGACCUCGAUCGAUUCAUACGAAAUCGAAUGACGAUGACAACUCUCUAUCUCCAUCAUCCAACAAUUCAUCUUCAACGAAUCCCUCAUCAAACGGAAAACAUCAGCGUCAAACAAAAAUUAUUUCUCACCAGCGACCUGACAAGACUGAUGAGAAUCUAUUACCUCAUCAUGCUUCAAAGCAUUCGAAUCGGAAACGCAAAAGCAAUUCGUCGACAACUAACAAAAAGUCUCAUUCUGAUAAAAGUCAAUUCGACUACGAAUCCGAUCUUUCCAAUGACGAACUUUUCACUUCAAAACGUCAUCGCACAUCAUCGAAAGAUUAUCAUUCAACUUUGAAUGAUCUACAUCCCACUAGUCAAACUUAUUCAUCAUCAAACCACAAUGAACGUUUCAACUAUCGCCAUAUGACAAAACUAGCCAAUGAAAAUCUCGACAUUCGCCAUUUCCGGGAUUGUUUAUCCGAACAAGAAGAUCAACAAUUCUUCGAUUCGAUUAACACUUAUCUGGAUCACUUUCGACAACGUCUCUUUUCAUAUUUUACCUAUAUGAAGUCAAACGCUUACCGUGAACAUUUGAAACAACAAGUUGAGAAUGAGAAAGAGCUAAACCAAGCAUUGAAGACGAAAGUUAGUUGUCUGGAGAACAACAUCAAGCUGUUACUUGAAGAUACAAUAAAUUUACUAAAAUUACGUACGAAUGAGUUGGGCAUCGAGGAUCUCGAGCGACCAGUUCAACUAAUAACUUACGCCAAUGAUAUAUCAAGUAAACACAAAGAACUUCGAUCGAAAGUCGUUACAUUGGAAAAAGAAAUUGCUGAAUAUGAUCAAGAAAACGAAAGAUUAUCAGUUAUUUUACAAUCGAUUCAAACCAACGGCCAUCAUUCGUUGACGAGCAAUCAUUCUAUUAAUGAUAACACUUAUUCAACAUUAUUAGCAAGUAUGAGCAAACAGACUCAGCAACAAGAAAGUACCAAGCAAUCGUAUCCCACGCUGGAGAAGGGAACCACAUUACGAUCAAUUGAAUAUCCAUCCUCUUCAAAUCCAAUUUCCGCAUCAUCGUUCGACAUAAAGAAAGUGGAAAGGAAAUCCGGAUUUACUAUUCCGAAAAAGGUGAAGAAAACUUCGGAUAGUAAUUCGAUGAUUUCACCAACUAAAACGACUGAUAAACGUCCAGGAGCACAAUCUGGGCAAUCUCAAUCACUGACAACAUCUGCGAGUGCCAACAGCCUUCUCUCUGCUAAACAAUUAGAACCCGUUCAAGUUCAUUCAGUUGGGCAACAAUCUAAACAACAACAAAAACCACCGCAAGCAGCCGUUAUUCAAUCGGUUAGUGUCAAAACAUUGCUCAGUAGUCCAUCGUCAUCAAAUACAAAAACAUCUCAACUAGCUGAUGAGAUCAGUCGAUCGAUGAUUAUGCAAUCACCGCGUAAAAAACGUGAUUUCUAUGGUAAAUCAUCUGGUCCGUCGGCAACAUCUCCUUCGUCUUCGAGAUCAUCAAACUCAUCACCGAAUGCGAAAUCUCAUCGUCAUUCGAGCACAGCUGAUUCCCCAUCGACAAAUACGCGUCCCUCAUCUACACCAGCAUGUACAGCCACUGUUCCCUCAACCACUCUACCAGACCGACCUGUUUCCAUCCCUCCAUUAAAAUCUUCCACCUAA